AUGGAAGUUCCGUCAGCGAUCACGGGGUUGAAUGCUUCGACGACCGUGCGUGUUACGAGCUUGACGAACUUCAUGUCCGGGGGAGGCACUGAUAUUGCCGCGCUGACGCUGUUCGUCAGCCUUCUGUGCGCGUGCAUCGUCGUUGGACACUUACUGGAGGACGUGCGAUGGAUCAACGAGUCCGUCACAGCCAUUAUCUUUGGCCUGGUGACCGGCGGCGUGGUGCUGCUGGUGCGCAAGGGGAAGAGCUCCCUGGUGUUGCGCUUUGACGAGGACCUGUUCUUCAUCUACCUGCUGCCUCCCAUCAUCUUCAACGCCGGGUUUCAGGUGAAGAAGAAGCAGUUCUUUCGCAACUUCGGAGCUAUCAUGGCCUAUGGCAUUGUGGGCGUCUUCAUCUCCUUUGGAGUCAUCUCAGCAGGGUGCAGGAGCCUCUUUGAUCUUCUGGGCCUUCCACCACAGCACAGCCGCGUGUACCUUGCGCUCGGCGUGAUCUUCUCUGCAACCGAUUCCGUCUGCACAUUACAAGUGUUGGACCAGGGCGAGCAGCCGCUGGUGUACAGCCUGGUGUUUGGCGAGGGCGUGGUGAACGACGCCACGUCCAUUGUGCUCUUCCGCGCCGUGCAGAAGCUGCAGCACGAUGCACUCGACCUGCCUGCUGUCGCCGGCAUCGCCUCUGACUUCCUCUACCUCUUCACCGCCUCCACUGCCCUCGGCAUUGCUUUUGGAUUGGCAUCAGCGUUCAUAAUCAGGAAGCUCUAUUUCGUCGGGCAUGCGACGGACAGGGAGGUGGCGCUGAUGGCGCUGAUGGCGUACCUGUCGUACGUGCUGUCAGAGGUGCUGGAGCUCAGCGGCAUCCUCUCCGUCUUCUUUGCCGGCAUUGUCAUGAGUCACUACACAUGGCACAACGUCACUGAGAGCUCCCGAGUUACCACCAAGCAUGCGUUUGCAACCAUGUCGUUCAUAGCGGAGACGUUCAUCUUCAUCUACGUGGGCAUGGACGCACUCGACGUGGACAAGUGGAACUCCGUCAACCACAGGAAUGCAGGCGUGCUGUUUGGCAUCCUGCUCUCGCUCGUGCUGCUGGGGCGUGCUGCCUUUGUCUUCCCGCUCUCCUUCCUGCUCAACCUCCAGCGCAAGAACAGCCGAGUGCUGCUCCCCCAGCACCAGGUGGUCAUAUGGUGGGCGGGGCUCAUUCGUGGUGCUGUCUCCAUCGCACUCACCUACUCCGCAUUCCCGGACUAUGCAGACCCAGUGGUAGCAACCACAAUAGCUGCCACGAUUGCUCUCGUGCUCUUCUCCACAGUUGUCUUUGGUCUGCUCACGAGCCCUCUCAUAAACCACCUCCUGCCUCGCCCUCUUGAUCGCUCCUCCAGCCUCGUCAGUGACGCUCUUCCCUCGCCCAAGUACCUUUACUAUCCGCCCUCCCUGCCCCGUCGCUCCUCCUCCUCCUCCCUCUCUCUCGCCCUUGACAUCCCGCCCUCACCCGUGAGUUGCGCCUCUGGUUUAUCUGCGCCUCCCCGGCCGUAUCGCUCGGCCGCACCCGGUACCUCUCACUCCGCGCCUUCCUCUUCCUCAGCCACACACGGCGCUGCUGCUUCUUCCCGUCCCUCUCGCGAGGGACUGGCAGGGUUGCGAGUGAGUCUUACUGAUAGGUUGCUGGCAGAGGGUGGGGAGGUGAGGGGUGUGGAGGAGUAUGUAGAGGAGGAACGGAUGGUUUCGGGAGGUUUGCUAGGGGAUGUUCUGCGGUUUGGAGGGGAGUGGGAAGCACAGGGGGAUGAUGCUCGGAGGUCCAGCAGUGGGUGGUGGAGCAUAUCAGAAGAAGGGGGGGAGAAGGAGUCUGCAGGGGAGCAGGGCGGGCGGAAGGAGGAGGAAGGGGAUGCGAUUGAAGGGGAGGACUUGGCAGAUUGUGAUUCAGCCUGGCCUGCCCGCCUGCAAUCACCUCGGCCCCAUGCGUCCCCUCCUUUCCACUCACGGCCAUCCCCGGAUCGUGGAACGUGA